AAACCGGACGUAAACAUUGAUUUAGCCAAUUCUCGGAAACCACAAGCUAUUCACACCUUAAAUGCGUCCCUAAUCCGGGACAGUUCAUUGACUUGAUGGUUAUUACGUCACUGGAAGUGAUAAUGAUGAUUCUUGUCGCGUUUCCAAAAUCUCUGAGUUUUAGUCACGCUUGUAGUUAAUCAAUAAAAAUAAUCAAACAAAAACACGACACCCAAGGGAGGAUUUGCGACAUGUCUCCUAAUUCGAGUCCAGUCAAAGCUCAGAAACCAGAAGUUGUUUUAAAUCGGUGGUGUCAACAAUUGAGCUCUCCUUUUCAAAAACCGUGGACCCAAACUAAUAUUUUGUACCAUUAUGUUCCCUUAUUUGGGGCGAUCGAUUUUCACCUCUUGGCUCUAAAUGUUCUAAAUCCUAAGCUGUUACGAAACUUGGGAAGGAGUAUUGGGCUAAAUGUUGAUUGCACCAACCUAUUCUUGGCCGGUUCCAUUGCCGGUGGAACCUUACAUCUUUACAAUCGGCGACACAUGGGCGGACUCACCUUGAGUCACAGAGCCAUGUACAGCACGUAUUUGGGAUCCUUGUCAGUGUUAGGUUCGGUUUUGUUAUGGGCCAUAGGAUCGAGGGUGGUUCCUGGCAAUCCCUUAUUUCGUACCCUCCUGGCGGUGGGAUCCGCAUGGAGUAUGUUAAAAGUAAAACUCUCCUUUUUGGACCAUUUGGACGCGGGUGCCAAACAGCGUUGAUCCGUUUCAAUAAGUGUUUACUUCAUGUAGCUUUUCUGAAAUCCAAUCUUGACAUGUUCCUUACCAA